AUGUUUACUGCUGAAGAACGUCGUCAACGCAUUUUGGCUAAUGCAACAGCGCGUCUUGAUAAACUUCGACAAGUAAAUCGAGAUGAGAACUCGUCUGAUACUCCACCAAUGGUGUCAGUAUCUUCACCAGCUCCAGUUGAACUUUUAAGAAAACCAAACGAAGAAAGCAGUCCUCCAAUUAUUUCUAUUGCUGAUAAUAAUCAAUCUCAACAAACUGCAUCAUCAUUGUUUUCAACAAUUACUUCAGCAAUGAAUAUAUGUAAUUCUUUUACAUCAUCAUCAUCAACAGCAACAACAACACUUGAAAAUACCAAAGAAAUGAUUAUAGUUGAUAAACAACAUAUUCUCGUAUUUAUACUUGGAAUUUUAGUUGGACUUCUCUAUUCAUUUUAUAUAUCUGCUCAAUCAAAUUUUUUCUUUCUUGUGUUCUUUACAUGUUGCGUGUGCAUAUUAACAUCACGUUAUUAUACAAUGCAAAUGAAACAUCGUACAAAUAUAUUAAUUACGACAGCAAUGUUAUCAGGGUUUAAACCAGAUUUAAUGAAAAACUUAAGUCUUGUUUAUACUCUUGCAUAUGAUGCUUGGAUUAUAUUUGCAUUUUAUUUUGUUUCUUUUUGUUUAACACAUGUCAUAUGUUCUUUAUUUUGA